AUGUAUUUCAGAAGAUACCUUUUGACCGCAACGAGAACGAGCAGACCCAAGAUUAAAGUUCAAUCUCCCCUUGUGGAGCUGGAUGGGGAUGAAAUGACUAGAAUUAUCUGGGAUAAAAUUAAAACCAAGUUGAUUUUGCCGUAUCUCGAUAUAGAUUUGAAGUAUUAUGAUUUAAGUAUUACUUCCCGUGAUGCAUCCAAUGAUCAAAUAACCCAUGAUGCUGCACACGCAAUUAAGAAGUAUGGCGUUGGGGUCAAGUGUGCAACUAUCACACCAGAUGAGGCCCGUGUGGAAGAAUUUAACUUAAAGAAGAUGUGGAAAUCUCCAAAUGGGACGAUUAGAAAUAUUUUGGGUGGAACUGUCUUUCGGGAGCCAAUUGUGAUUCCAAGAAUCCCAAGGUUGAUUCCUGGAUGGGAAAAACCAAUUAUCAUUGGAAGACAUGCGCAUGGUGACCAAUACAAAGCUACUGAUCUGUUGGUCCCAGGUGCUGGUAAGCUGGAAUUGCUUUAUAGGCCUGCCGAUGGGUCUACUCCCACUACGUUGGAUGUAUAUGAAUACAAAGAUUCCGGAAUUGCCAUGGCAAUGUACAAUACAGACGAGUCUAUUCGUGGGUUUGCCCAUGCCUCCUUCAAACUGGCCUUGACCAAGAAGUUAAAUUUGUUCCUUUCUACGAAGAACACCAUCCUUAAAACGUAUGAUGGCCGCUUUAAAGAUAUAUUCCAAGAACUGUACGAUACUCAAUAUAAGACGGAGUUUGAAAAUCAUGGGAUCUAUUAUGAACAUCGUUUGAUUGACGAUAUGGUUGCCCAGAUGAUAAAGUCGAAAGGUGGUUUUAUUAUGGCCUUGAAGAAUUAUGACGGUGACGUUCAGUCCGACAUUGUCGCUCAGGGUUUCGGAUCUCUGGGUUUGAUGACAUCCAUCCUUGCAACACCAGACGGAAAAACCUUUGAAAGUGAGGCUGCCCAUGGAACUGUCACCAGACAUUAUAGACAACAUCAACAAGGUAAAGAAACCUCGACGAACUCCAUCGCCUCCAUUUUUGCUUGGACCAGAGGCUUGAUAAAAAGGGGUGAGUUGGACAAUACCCCAGAUGUCGUUAACUUUGCCAACAAGUUAGAAGCUGCAACAGUAAACACUGUUCAAGAAGACGGCCUCAUGACCAAGGAUCUGGCUCUGGCAUGCGGCAAUACGGAUAGGUCUGCAUACGUCACAACAAACGAAUUGCUGGACGCUGUGGAGGCUAGAUUGAAGGAAGAUUUGGCAGUUGUUGAAUAA